UAGUCUUGCGAAUGCGAUCAGCUGUGCGCGAUUUAACGAAACUAUGCGAGUGUGCGUGCGAUUGUAAGGUUAUGGUGCGUGGGCGCUGAUUUUUCUCUUUCCGAGGCUUUCUGAGGAUUCAAUCUGUAAUUUUACGCAUGAAGGUGAUGAGUAGACAAAGGAUUUAACAAGAGAAAAACUAAAUACUGUUCAAUCAGGAUGAGUAAAUACAUAAACCUGGCGAAUGUGGGCACCAAUUAUGCCAUGCGUAUGAAUCGCCUGAGUAACCGAAUCUUCGGUGAGGUGGUCAGACCGACUAAUCAGAAAUCAAUGAAAGUCGUGAAGCUUUUUAGCGAGAAACCAGUGAACAAACGACCGGAAAUCGUGGAAUAUUAUCCAAGAUUCAAGGAGACAGAACUAUUGAUGAAACAUCUGCGCGACUACGGUCUAUUCAGGGAUGAGCAUAAGGACUUCAAGGAGGAGUACGAGCGUCUGAGGGAACUUCGUGGUAAAACCAAGUGGAUACCGCCUCCCUUCAGAAAGAAAGAUAAAGAAUCAUCCUAAGAUUCAAAUCAUCUAUAUUUGAACAUAACAAAUGCAAUAAAUCCUAUUAUAAAAAGUACAUGUGUCUCGUUUGUAAAUAAUAAACUAUGUUGUUUAUGAUGAGUGUGA